GGGUGUUCUUCGGUCUUCAGCCGCUGCUUCUCCAUUUUGGCUUCAUUUUUUCGUAUAAAAUGGUGGAGUUUGUUGUCAUUUCUUAUGUCCUGAAACGUAAAACCAUGUAGUUUCGUUAAGUCGUGACGUCACUGGUGUUAAAACCUGCAAAGGCAGACUAACUUUCAUUUUCAUUUACCAAGAAGAGCUGGGAGGAACAAGACGUUGAUAAUGUCGGCAGACCAGGAAGAGCCCAUGGAUGUGGACUCCAAUGACUGCAAAAUGCAGACAUGUCCAAAACAUGAGGCUGCUAAUGAAGAUGAAGUCAGAGUUACUCUCUCGGUGAAGUGGCCAGCUGAUGUUGCACCGAAGAAAUAUAUGAGUGAGCUACAAAAAUCUCUUCAGACCUGGGUCAACAGAAACAGUAUUAAAGGGGAGUUCACAGUUUUAAGUGCUUUACUGGAUGGGACUGUUUCAUUAAGCCUUAGACCUUCAUCAGCCAAGGAUGAGCUUCAUGCUGGACAAGUGCUGACUAGCAGAGAUGGAAAAGAGCUCAUAAUAACCUCUGUUAAUUUGACGCCCUCAAAUGCAGUGACACCAAUAGAUGACAAUAUUUCACUGCUUAGCUCUGCACCCAUGACUGCAUCGCAAAAUGAACAUGGGCUACUGGGGGAACAGAGCACAGAUGAUUCUGCAGUAGGAGAUGAGAAAUAUUUACUACUUCCAGUGAGCCAAUUUUGGUAUGUCAACCACAUCUGCAAGGAGGAAAUUCAACGUAUUGAGAGAGAAAAUGGAGUGAAAAUCAUACCAGAAGUGAAGGUGAACUUCAGAGUAAACCAGAAAGAUGGAAAUGCAGAAAAAGCUUCAGCAGAUUUCACAAACUUGGUCCAGUCUCACUUCCGUGAAUUUAGUUCCUCAUCUAUUCCUCUCAAGAAAGUACGCUCAUUGGAGUGGGAAAAUACACUACAAUUUAUGAAGAAUAGGGAUCUCCAGCUUCUGCUUACUCUGUCCUCAGAGGAAAUUGUAGUAUUUGGGCCUGCACAACACGAAAAUGCUAUUAGUAAAAUCUUACAGAAAACCUCCAUAAGUACCAACAUUCAAGAUGAAGAUUCUGCAUCAUCAUUUCCAAACAUAACAGAGAAGACAUGGCAUGAUAUGACGUGGCACGGCAUGAGCAUCAAAGACCCUGCCAUUGCUGACGGACUAACCAUCGAUGAGGACGACUGGAAGCUGAUAACUACCUCAUACAGUAAGGAUUUAGAGAAGAUUAAAGCUAAGUUUGGUGUGGAUUUCAAAGAAUCAGGCAUCACUCAAGGCAAAACCACAGUCAAGAUGUUUUACAAGAGGUCUGGAGGAAAUCCCUCCAUGGAGAGUCACGCUGUCAGAGCUCUUCUUCGUCUGUACCAGAAGGUUGCAAUGUCACCCAUGAAUGCUCAUUGGGUCUUGGGUGAUUCAUCAAAGAAUCGGUCCAGUGUUGAUGAAGAAUCAGAAGGAGCCUCCGCUGGACCUUUCAUGAAUGGACAAUCAAGAAACACUGAAGCAUCCACAGUAGGGGGGGCUACAGGAGGAAAAGAUGAAGAGGACAAAUGUCCCAUAUGCCUGGAUACAUUUAACAACAAAACACAACUUAAGUGUAAACAUGAAUUUUGUGAAGAAUGUCUAGAAAAUUCAAAGAAAAGCACUGGAGCCAUGUGUCCAGUUUGUAAAGAUGUCUUUGGCUUGAUCGAGGGGGACCAGCCUGAUGGCCAGAUGACAUGGGAUAAAUCUCACAUCUCCCUUCCUGGAUUUCCAAAAUGUGGCAGUAUACGUAUCCACUAUCAUAUUCCAAGUGGCAUUCAGACGGAAAGACAUCCCAAACCUGGGAAUUCUUAUACUGGAAUAUCCAGAACAGCAUAUUUGCCAGACAACAAGGAGGGCAAUGAAGUGCUGCUCCUUCUAAAGAAGGCAUUUGACCAAAGGCUUAUAUUCACCGUUGGGAUGUCCAGAACCACUGGGCUGGACAACCAGGUGACCUGGAAUGACAUUCAUCACAAGACGUCUAUGAUAGGUGGACCACAGAGUUUUGGGUAUCCUGACCCUGAUUACCUGACCCGAGUCAAGGAGGAGCUGCAGGCUAAAGGCAUUAAGUAAUAACUUGAUUUUU